AUGGGCAAUAUCAAUACAGUUGGUCCGAAUGAAGCGCUUGUGAUUUCAGGAGGAUGUUGCGGAAGUAUGUCAAAGAAGAUGAUAAUUGGUGGUUGGGGUUGGUCAUGGUGGUUCAUCACGAACGUUCAACGUCUCUCACUCGAAGUGAUGACACUGAAUCCGAGGUCAGAGAAUGUCGAAACCGCGCAAGGUGUUCCAUUGACUGUAACGGGUGUAGCGCAAAUCAAAGUUAUUACCGAUAAAGGUCUCUUAGAGGCGGCAUGUGAGCAGUUUUUGGGAAAAUCCGUUGAGCAUAUUGCUGAAGUUAUUCUGGCGACACUCGAGGGACAUCUACGUGCUAUUCUUGGAACGAUGACAGUGGAAGCGGUCUAUCAGGAUCGUGAUCGUUUUGCACAACUGGUGCGUGACAUUGCCGAGCCGGAUUUGGGUCGUAUGGGCAUGGAAAUUCUCUCGUUCACGAUCAAGGAUGUUGUCGAUAAUGUGGAAUACUUGGAAUCACUUGGAAAAGCGCAAAUUGCGGUGGUGAAAAAAGACGCCGAAAUUGGAGUGGCUGAAGCGAAUCGUGAUGCGGGUAUAGUAGAAGCACAGUGUGAAAAAGAGGCAGCAGAUACGAGAUACAGUGUUGAGGCGAAGAUUGCGGAUGCGAAACGUGAACUAGACAUGCAACAAGCUGAAUUCGAUGCCACCGUUGAAUCAAAGAAAGCGGAGGCAGAACUGGCGUACGCUGUGCAGAAGGCAAAAUUGAUGCAGUCGAUAAGAGAGGAGGAAAUAAAGAUCGAUAUCAUCGAACGACACAAAAAUAUUACGUUAGAAGAGAAAGAAGUGGAACGUAAAGAAAAGGAUUUGGUUGCUGAGGUGAAGUUACCGGCAGAAGCCGAAGGAUAUCGAGUGCAGACGAUUGCCGAGGGAGAAAAAACGCGAGUGGUCGAAGAAGCAGAGGCCAGUGCAGAAGCAAUGAAAAGAAUUGGUGAAGCGCGCGCCUCGGUGAUUGAACUUGUUGGCAAGGCCGAGGCAGAACGGAUGCGUAUCCGUGCAGAUGCUUACAAAAAUUUCGGAUCUGCAGCAACCACGGCCCUCGUACUCGACAAAAUACCUGAGAUUGCCGAAAAUAUCACAAAACCAUUGACUCGUACUCGUGAGGUUAUAAUUAUGAGUGGUAAUGAUGGUGCCACAUCAACCAUUUCAAGUCUGAUGGCAAAAUUACCGACAGCCGUUAAGAGCGUCUCAGGAAUUGAUAUGACCAAAGUCAUAAAUUCCUUCGGUGGUGGUGGUGGCCCAAGCGCCAGCGCCCAGCAUGUCUAG